CCUAAAAAGGUGGAAAUGGAAGCACUAAACCCAAGGGUUUAUGUACAAAGCGGAACACAAAACUGAUUAUCGCACCCAUUGAACCAGAGAGAGAAAGAGCGACUCUCUCAAGGAAACCCUAGCUGCCCUUUCCCGCCCACAAUUUCCUCCGACGAGAAUUUCCGGCUCCGAUCUGAAAAGGACAAGAAAAAGCCAAGCGACAGAAUCUCUAUAGGCUUAUCAAAAAUGGCAACACAGCAAGAAGGAGAAGACAAUCAACAAGUAGCAAGCCCAUCGGCUGUUGGCAUGAGAGGGAUGAUAGAAGAACAGUACCGCAAAAUCAAAGAGAAUGCAGAAACUUACCCUUACGUAUGGGGUUCCUAUAUUUUUGUAUAUGGAGGACUUGCCAUGUGGUCUGCAUACAGGUGGAGAAAGCUUCGAAAAACUGAGGACAGAGUCCGAGUCCUUCAAGAGCGACUCCGUAAGCUUGUUGAAGCUGAAGGGCCUGCAAGCUCUGCUGCAGUGACCAACAAGACACUGCCAUCUGCUGAUAAACAACCCUGACAACCGUUUUACGCUCUCUCCUUCAACUCGUUCCUUUUCUUAAAAAAACACUUUUAUCACAAAUGGCUAUGGUUUUCUGGCGGUAACCUAGUUGGGGAGGUCUCAAUGUUUCAUAUUAUGGAGAAGCUUGGGAGAACCCAAAACAAUAUUUUCUUUCUGCAGAUGGGGAAUUUGUUGUGAUCUUGAAGCUGUCAAGAAUCCGCCCUCGUCUCUUUUGUGACAGUUCUUUCUCAUGUUAUGAGCGAUUAGCGUGCCAAGUAUCUGUUCUAGAAAAUGUAAAACAGUUUUGAAGGAGAAGCUUGAAGCAGAGUCAGUAGAGGAAUUGAUUGUGUUCUGUAGUCAUGCCAUCCCAUUAUAAACCACAUUGUUAAGUUGAUGCCAUAAUUUUGAGAAGGUUCUUCAAGUUUAUAUUAGUUUUUUCAUGUAACUGGUUCAUUAGAAUGGACCAUGUUACAAGAAUUUUUAGCU